AGUGCUCCAAUAAAAUUGCGCACUUGGUUCCUUUCUGACGCAAAAUCGACCGUGUUAUUUUUUAUGCAGUCUUUCACGAAUUGAAAUUGCACUGACAAAUUGUAUGAUAGUUAUGCAUGCAUUGCGAAGGAGAUAGUUUUUUAUUACGGCUAAGAGUUUAUCUUAAUACAAAGAUAAACAUGUAAAAUUUGCAUUUAUCCCAUAAUCAUUAGCACCCAGCAUGGAUACUUUGGUUUCCGAUUCAAAUGAGGACGAGAGCAUUGGAGACCCGGAAAAAUGUCUUCCUCACAUAAACGGCUGUGAUACGAAGUGUGCAGACAUCGAGACAGACAAUGCCUCAGAGCAAAAGGACAAUGAGCUAAAACAAGAAAAAGACGUAACACCAAAAGUGGUUGAAGCUUCAUCGUCUGAGGUGGUUUCCCAAGACCUUAAUAAGGAUGACCCUCAAGAAGCAAAAUGCACUGCAUCUAGCAAGGGAUGUAUUUCCUCGGUAAAACCGAAAACCCAUGACGCUGGCCCUAAAAAGACAUCACGGCUUCCCAUUUCGUCUGGAAAGAAAUUAGACACAUUUCACCAAAAGAAAAUUGAAUUAGAAAAACGCAAACAUAAAAAUUCACCGCAUAACGACAGCGCCGACACUGGGCGCUCAAAAGUAUCAGCGAGCCGGCCCAAAUCGUCCCGAUUUCCCAAGGUUCCUGUGGCACCUCAAACCACCUACCGACCUCGAGCCUCGACCGUCGGACCUGCCGGUGGCGAGGUACCGGCGCGACCUCUGCCCACAACGCUGCCGCCGAUCCGACCCACCGACAGCGCUGCAUGCGGUGUUGGACGGGGUCGAAGUCGAAUUCCGAUCCGAGCCCGCUCGGCCGAUUGUCAGGCUGACCAGGCAGCGCGUGGAUCGGCACGAUUGUCGGCGAGGUCCAGUAGCUGUGGUUCAGAUAUCAUCCGCCAGGUGUCAGGCAGGUCUAGGCAGCGUUCAACGAAGUCGGGCAGCCGUAGUUCAGGUAGCGCCCGCCGGGCAUUGUGCAGGAUGGCACCACGCUCGGCGCGGUCCAGUAGCUAUGAUUCGGAAACUAACCGCCAGGCGGCGCGCAGGUCUGCGGUGCAUUCAGCGAGGCCCAGCAGCUGCGGUUCGGCCGGGGGAAGGCAGAGGACGCCCAUUGUGCCGGCAAACUGGUCACUGAUCGAUGUCAAUGAUAAUGCACGACUGCUCCUCGACUUUGAGGGUCAGCAGACAGCGGUCCUGGAACACGACUUUAGUCCACGGCGCAGAAGGGAUCUCAUCGUCUUGCAGCAUAAAGAAAAAGAGGAUAAGGUCACUCCGAGUCUGCCUCGUGUGACAAAGCUGAAAAUGCAUUGGGAAACUACACCGAGUUCAAGCUCGACGAAGAGGGGCGGCAUUUCCCCUCCCCGCUCGCCAAGAGAUGUCGUCGCCUCCACCUCUCCCUCUCCGAGGCGCUGUCGUGCGGGAGCGUCCGAGAGCCAGAGGCAGGCCGGUCCUGACCAGACAUCCAGGACGUCCACACCGACAGGGAGAGGUCGCGCACCGGGACACAGCGGUCCUCGGAGGGCGGCUGGCGGCUCCUCGCAGCGAGUGCCCGCCGCCGGAGUGUCGCCCGCAGGAGUGCCGCCCACAGGAGUGCCGCCUGCCAGGAGUUCCUCUCUGGGAGUGUCGGGCAGCGGCCGCCGUCGGACGCCGGUGGAGUACCGUCCCAACCUGACGCCGUACCCUCGCGAGUACUUCAUGCUCGGUCACCUGGGACCCGACCCGGAGCGCAUCAAACGCAGGCAAGACAAAAUGAGGCGGCAGCGCGAGUACGCGGCGAGGCUGGCCAGAUGGAACCGGGAGGCGGCCCAGCGGCGAGAGGUGGUCUCCGUCACCGUGUGUUCCGCUGGUCCUCCCAGUCCAGAACACAGUCCGGAGCGCAAGCCCAUCGAGGAACCCUCCACUACCCAGCCAGCUUCAGAGGAAUGCGAAAUGAGCGAGGAGAUCAAUUCAAUGUCCCCAUAUGUGCCUUCUGGGCCCGAAGAACAAAUCGAUACCGCUGCAGAAAGAGCGCCUUCACCCCCAUAUGAUGAAAGAAAACCAUCAGCUGAAGAUGACAGUGAGACGCGUCCUCAGGUUGGUGAGAAAUCUGGCCAAACUAGUCACAUGAGCGUGGAGUCCGACUCUGGGUCUGUGUCAGAGUCAGAGUCGGAGUCCUCGCUGGAGUGGGGACUCGAGAAGGUUAUUCGGGUGAUUCAGGAGUCAAACGUGCUGACUAGAGACGGUGGGAAGAUGACGGAGGUGGCGAUGAAGGAUGCUUCUGUUGAAAACGCAGAUAAACUCGCCUCACCCAAGGAUCCGAGGUUUGACAAGGAGAAGGAAACCUGUGAAAGAGACCGAAUCGGAGAACACCCUGAAGGGCAAAUGCACGAAGAAAGGGAAGACGCAAGGAAAUCGAUGGAGCCAAAGUUAGAGUCGAAGCCUUUUGACACAGAGCUACCAGUGGGACAAGAUGCAUUGCCUCAGAAGAUGAUCUUAGGUUAUCUUGACCUAGAAACGACUAUGAACGGAAACGAAUCCGACCGAGAAAUUGAAAAUACGAAGGGCUCCUCAAUAGAUUAUUUACAGACACAGUUGGCCCCAUCAAACCCGCUGGUUACUGCCGACCUAAGCUCGGAGUAUCUCCGGGUCAGAUCCGAGCAAACAGACAAAUGCCUGGCCUGGAUCGAAGCAUGCACGAUACUAGCAAAAUCAUCCUUGGCUGCAAUGGAAGACUGGGACAAGAAGGAAUUGAUGAAUAAUUUCUCUCGAAGGGUAUCAGAAUACGUCGGUCCGUCGGCGACCUGCCAGCACAUCCAUGUAGAGUCACCUCCAGAUCCUUGCGCCGCUUCAGAGGCAGAUGAGUCCGAAUACGACGAGUUUGACUCGGCGCCCAAGUCUGUGUCCGGCUCGGACUCCGAUAUGGAGAUGGAGGACGCACUGGAGGACCUCUCUAGGGAAACUCUCUGCCCUGAGUCGGUCGCUGCUCAAAGGACGCCGACGCUGAGCACAACACCUCCCCCAGCGCAGUCCGCCACUCUAGCCACCGAGGUCAGCGGCUCUCGUGAGGAGGAUCCCGACGGCAGCAGACGCAGAGACCGUGGCGGAGACGAGGACAGGGGCGAGGGCGGCUGCGGCUGGGGCGUCGGCGGCUGCGACGGCCGGUCGGCACGCCGCUGCGGCAGCGAUGACCUGUUCCUGGAGCUGCCGGAGCAGACGUCCGUCAGGGUAACCUCCGGCCGCUGCAGGGGCGCCUCAGGCGGCUGCUCCUGCGAUAUGUCCUCCUUCAGACCCACCGCCUCUCACCGGUCCACACAGGCGCCGCGCGGCCCGGCCUCGUUCGUGUAUAAGAACCUGCUGGCCAUGGAGUUACAAGGAGAGGAGGCGGCUGCUCCGAUGGAGGUGGAUGGCCUAGAAAGAACGGAGGAAGCGAAGGAGAAAGACCCCGGAGCAGCGGCCGAGGCCAGUAUGCCGGGGACGGGAGAAGAGCCGAAGGCGGCGCCCGUGAGGCCGAUGCCAGAGGGAGUGGUGGAGUCUGCUCCCAUACCUGUGCCCGAGUUCUCGUCGAGAGCCGGCCCGGUCAGGAGGAGGCGGUGGGACAGCCGGCUCUGGCCCUCCGCGCUGUCCGACCAGCCGUCCGUCUACAUGAGUCGUCUGUCAAAUAUCUGGCCCGAUGAAGCUCUCCUGGCGGUGGAGAAAGUGCCCGAGGAUAGACGAGGGACUCGCAAAUAUCUGGAGGAGGCCGCGCAGCCUCCCGGAAAUUACUGAACGUCCGAUCUUAGUGUUGACGUUCUAUGUGCAUAGUUCAGUAAAUAAUAAAUAUAUUUGUUCUUUA